AUGAUUGAACUUCACCUAUUCGAGCUCGACUCCGAACUCACACCCCGAUUUUACCCGCAGAAAACUGAUAGAACCUGUCCCAACGCCUGCUGGAGGCCGCAGAUCUGCACGAACGACUCCAAUUCGGUGCACAUUUGCCGUCCACUUCGCAAUCCCUCGGCUGCUGAGGCUCUUCACCCCUCGAGGAAAAGUCGCUUCUCCGAGAUCUACUCAAUUGGCUAUGAGUGUGUCUGUCGAAGCGGUUUCAAGUUCAGUCAAAAACGCAAAAAAUGCAUCCAGCUAAAGACCGGUUGCAAUGACAAGAGGUACGGGAAAACGCCGUGUAGGAAUAAAGGGGUAUGCCAACCUCUAAAACCUCGUGAGCGAACCCUUCAGAGUCUCUCCUUCAAAUGCAUAUGUCCACCCGCAUGGCAGGGAUACGUAUGCGAGGCACCUAGAAAUCCAUGUCAAUACCAAAGCCGACUCUGCAAAGACUUUCCCUGCCAACGUGAUCCUACAAAUGAAGCCUUAGGUUAUAUAUGUGCUUGUUCAAAGGGCUACGAGCCCACCAGUCAGGUAGACCCGACCUGUGUAAACAUCAACGAGUGCCAGGACGAGGAUGCGAAUCCCUGUCUCAAUGGUGGUAUCUGUCACGACCUCAUCCCACCACCUAUGGUACAGGCAAAACAGGGUGAAGAAUUCCGAUUCCGAUGCGAAUGCAAAUUCGGUUUCACGGGGAUCCUGUGUGAGAAGCCACCGACACAACUGACAUGGUCGGAGUGGAGCGACUGGGGUGCCUGUUCAGUGUCUUGUGGCAUUGGGACUCGAACUCGUAUCCGCACUUGCCCGCGGCCUGGAGAGUGUCUCGGCAAGCCUGAACAGACGGGCAUCUGCAAUGGGCGUGUGCUCUCCUGCGAGAACGCCAAAAACACCACCACGGAAGAUGGCAAAUCGGAUAUCGUCUACAGGUCGGAGGAGGAGAAGCUCCGAGAGGCCGGUGUGUUGUGGACAGAAGCCGACGAAAAUUUCCUGGAGGAUGCAUUCACGUGGUCUGAACAGCAGUUCAAUGUGAAAAGAGGCAAGAUGAGGAAAGGUACGCAGGGCAUGUACCAGUUAUUCAGGCAGUGGGCUGAUGUCACAUGCUGGAUACCCCUAUUCGGGAUCACCCAGCGAAUGACCUUGCAACGAGUGGCGCUUAUCACAGGCUCUCUCGCUCUUACCUCGAUCGGCGUUUUUGUCAUCCUUGUCGUGACUAGCAUCCUCUGUCAGCCAAGCGGCUUUGCACUGCGGAACAGGGAGCCACUCAACUGA